AUUUUAACAUUGAGCUUUUAGAUAACAUGUGAAAUUCAUAGUUUAUCUCCGAGUUCAGGGGGAAAUUGUGUGUCGCAUGUCUGAGAGUCGUUGCAUGGUUAUUUAGCCUAAGACGUUUUGUUGUGUGUGUGCAGUCAUGUCCAGCAGGUUCCAGAUCGUGGUGCAGGGUGAAGCGUCUGAGACGGACUCUGAUGAUGAAGUCUACAUCACUUCCCUGCCUGCUCCACAAACUGCCUCAGCCGGGGCCAAGGUUCCAGGGGAGGCGUCAGAAACCGACAGUGAGGGGGAGGCGGUGGACCGAGCCUCUGCAGUGAUCCAGGAGAGCGCUCAGGUUCUCAGCAGAGACCUGCCUCCUCUCAUUGUGGUCAGAGAUCAUCCGGACAUACAGUCCAUUGUGGAGGAUAGACCCAGCCCCACGCACAGGCCACAUGGCGACACACUCUUACAACAGAAGCUGCAGGAGUCCAAUAGUCGGCUGUAUCACAACGUGUCACAGACAGUUCGGCAGGUUUAUAGCAGUGCCACCAGAGAGGUGCGCAGUGCGACCGCUCAGCUGAACACAUCGCAGGGGGCCAUCAUCAACGCUUCUCACAGCAUCAGGUUAAUUCUGGACGACCUGAAGGCCGUGUCCGAGAAGAUUGACAUUAUCACAAGCUGUCAAAUUCUGCCUGAUAUUAAUAUCAUUCCAAAUAAUUGUACUGCACCUGCUCCUUAAAGAGAGAAAUCAGAAAAAUCCUUCGAAAACAUAGUUCAACAUCAUUAUGGACAUAUGUUCCGAGAAUAUCAGAGACUAGCACACAAGCAGUAAGAAAAAACAUGUACAAACCCAGCUUAUGCAUAUCAAUAUACAGCACAUAUAUUUAACAGUCACAUACUCAGUCAGGCAUUUACUGUAUAUAUUGAUCUGUCAUAUAAUGUCUGAUCCUGUGUCUGGAGUCCUGGGGACAUUUCUGUGAAGAGUAAGAGUCAAGCAAGGAAAACAAACACAUAAACAAGUCAUCUGCUGUUGCGCACGUCUCCUCCUGCACAUUUUUGUUUACAUUUCCCUGCAGUACUUUGUAUAUAUUCAUACAGCAGAACAUGUCAAGUAUCUUAAACCAAUGAGACAGACUUUUUAUGUGGCAUAUCGUUUCCUAUCUUUGAUGUUUUUUUGUCCCACACGUUUCUCGUGUGAUAUUUGUUUCCCUUUGUUUGUUAAAAUUGUAUAAUAAAGUAACACAUUAAUAUAAAUUGA